CUGGCAGCGACGGCGGACGGGGCGCCAGCGCGCCGAGCGGAGCUCGAGCAGGAUGCGUGUUGGCUGGUGGUGGGUUUCUUUGGGAUGCUGCGGAGAAGUGAGCUGGCGGGGCUGCGGCUAGGUGACGUGCAUUCGCUGACUGGUGGGGUUCACGUGGUGCGGAUAACGAGGAGCAAGACCGAUCAGGUUGGGGCAGGGGUGGAUGUGCACCUGGGGGCAUCGUCUGGCAGCGGAGUACGCAUCGGGCGCAUUAUAGGGCGCCACCUAGAGCGGGCCCGCUCAGGGGGGGCGGAGCCCAGCGCGCCGCUCUUCACGCGGGGCCCCCAGUGGGGACCGGGGUCGGAGGCUUGGCGGAAGGAGGGGUUUACGCGUAGGCUUAGGGCGCUCUUAGGAGAGAUGCAGCGCGCCCUACCACAAAUAGCCGGGCGGGUACCAGAUUACGCGUCCCACAGCCUGAGAAGGGGGGGAGCCACGGCUGCAGCGGAAGGGGGGGCCUCUGGAGAGCAGAUCAAGGCGCACGGGAGGUGGCGGUCGGAGGCGGUGAGCGCGUAUAUCCUCCCCUCCGCGGCGGCUAAGGCCCGCAUUGUGGGGUGCAUGUGAGGUGACGAGGCGUGCGGUGGGUGACAGGGUAAGGGGGGUCCUCUCUAGGCGUGCAUGCAUGCGGAAGCGCGCCUAGAGCCUAGUACGCCGGGGCGGGUUUU